UACGCCGGUCACCCCGCAACGUAUACCACGACCAAGAGAGCUGCAUAAACUGCAUCAAAGUUGUGUUGUGCAAGGGAACGGAGAGAUGGAUGCAUAUGUAAAGGCGAUCUUGUUUGGAGGUUUGAUUUUCGGCUCGAUUUCAGCCAGGUAUUCGAGUUGGAUUUUUACGUUAUUAACUGCCAUGUCAACAAUAGUGGUUUUGUUCAUUGUCAGUGUAGUGCAUAACAUACAACUAGUAAAUCAACAUGACGCCGAUAAUAUUAAAGUGAAACCCAAGAGAAACCGUAACCAUAGCAAUCAUGAUGAUGCAAUGGAUGAUGAUAUUCCUGACAAAGUGAAAAGGAAAUACGAGGGCGACAUUGCAAAGUUGAUGACCUAUGACCCAUUGGCUACUGAUUCAAUACACAUGUUUCAACCAAUCAAAAACAACACAGAGUGUACCUUCGCUAAACAUUCUAAGCUUUGGGGUUCUUGUGAUUGGAAUGAACGCCUGUCUCUAGAAGAGAACAUAACAAGAUCUAUUCCAAUGUUUAUCAAGUUUACUGCUAUCUGUUCUCUCAGACACCUUGAUGGGUUCGUCUUUCAACUACCAGGUGAGCAGUUUGGUGAUAGUAUUGAGGUAUUCGGUGACAGUGUCCGUCGAGUUCUGACAGUGCUGUCCGACAACGACCCGGCUGGAUACCACUGCAUGAACAAGUCUUUUAUUGGGAAAAAAGGAUGGUGUUUUGAAUUCAACAGAGAAACAUUUUUCAUCACAACGUUUGCGCCACUUUACCCGGAAACAAGCUCAAGAUUUAAUUUCGGCUCUCCCCAUAGCUUUAUUCUUUUUCAACCCGAAAUAUCAUUUUGGCUGCAUAGCCUACCAAAAGAUACACCGCAUACGAACUGGGAAAGUCCCAAAACAGUUAGGGACAGGAUACGGAUUGCAUAUAAGAAAAGUGGGAGGGAGUAUCUGAUUCGGGACACUCUCAUUUUCCCUGUAGUACAUGACAUACUUCCUGCUGUGAAUAUGAAUGGCGCCCUCACAGAGUGGUGGGUUAGAAAGGAAAAUGACAAGGGAAAACAAUCUAAGAAAGCCAGUGAAUCAUCUUGUCCGUUCUUAAAAGCACCACAAUCAUAG